CACAAGUGGGAGUGCCGAGCAGAGGGAAGAAACCUGAAAUCCUCUCCAACUUUCCCAGUUCCCCGCAGCACUUUGUGCUGUGCUGGAGCGAGCUGUUCGGCCCCCGGGGGUACGAAGCGGGGUGAAGCCGGGCAGGCUGCGUGGCAGCUCUGUGGCAAAGUGGAACGCCACUGUCUCGCCCUGAGGGAAAUGCCUCAGCUGAAGUUUCUCUAGCUCCAGCGUCGUGAAUAAAGACGUGUCGUUUUGGAGUUCCUCAGCAGCAGCUGUCACUACUGACACAUCCAUCAGCCUCAAGAAAAUGUUUGCCGUCCACUUGCUAGCUUUCCAUUUUACAAAGCUAAAAGAGGAUCAGAUAAAAAAGGUUGACAGAUACCUGUACCACAUGCGUCUCUCUGACGAUGUCCUGCUGGACGUGAUGGCGCGCUUCCGGGCCGAGAUGGUGAAGGGCCUGGGCAGAGACACCAAUUCCACAGCAACGGUGAAAAUGCUGCCGACCUUUGUGCGCUCCCUUCCUGACGGCUCGGAGAAGGGUGACUUCCUCGCUGUUGACCUGGGCGGCUCCCAGUUCCGUGCUCUCGAGGUGAAGGUGUUUAACGAUGGCAAGCAGAGCAGCCAGCUGGAGAGCAAGUUUUACCCCACACCAAAGGAGGUCAUACAGGGCAGCGGAACCGAGCUCUUCAAUUACGUUGCUGACUGCCUGUUAGACUUCAUGGAGUCCAAAAACCUGCAGCAUAAGAAGCUACCCCUUGGCUUUACGUUUUCUUUUCCAUGCAAACAGACCAAACUGGAAGAGGGGGCCCUCCUUGCCUGGACGAAACACUUCAAGGUCCGAGGAGUGCAGGGCACAGAUGUAGUCAGCUCGCUGCGCAAGGCCCUCCAGAAGCACAAGGACAUCGACGUUGAUGUUCUGGCAAUGGUCAAUGACACCGUAGGAACCAUGAUGACUUGCGGCUAUGACGACCCGCGCUGUGAAGUUGGACUCAUCAUUGGGACUGGCACCAACGCAUGCUACAUGGAGGAAAUGAGGCACAUCGAUUUGGUGGAAGGCGAUGAAGGCAGGAUGUGCAUUAACACAGAGUGGGGUGCCUUCGGAGAUGAUGGUGCUUUGGAUGACCUCCGCACGGAGUUUGAUCGGGAGCUCGAUCUGGGAUCUCUCAAUCCUGGAAAACAAUUGUUUGAGAAGAUGAUCAGUAGCCUGUACGUAGGGGAGCUUGUGAGACUCAUUCUUCUAAAAAUGACGAAGGAAGGUCUGCUCUUCAAUGGGAAAGUGUCAACAGCUCUGCUUACUAAGGACAAGAUCGAAAUGAAGCAUGUGUGUGCAAUGGAAAAAUACAAGGAAGGUCUGAGCAACACGAAAGAGAUCCUUACCGAGCUGAACCUGUUCCCCUCUGAAGAGGACUGCAUCGCUGUCCAACACGUCUGCACCAUCGUUUCCUUCCGCUCGGCCAAUCUCUGUGCCGCUGCCCUAGCAGCCAUACUGACCCGCCUGAGGGAGAACAAAAAGGUGUUAAGGCUGCGAACCACUGUCGGGAUCGAUGGGGGACUCUAUAAAACUCACCCCCAAUACCCCAAACGUCUGCACAAGGUGGUGAGAAGGCUGGUCCCCAACUGUGAUGUUCGGUUCCUCCUCUCUCAGAGCGGCAGUGCGAAGGGGGCCGCCAUGGUUACAGCGGUGGCGUACAGGCUGGCUGCUCAGCGCAAGCAAAUCGAUGCCGUUCUCGCCCCAUUCCUGCUGUCCCUGGACACCCUCAGAGAAGUAAAGAACAAAAUGAGGGCCGAGCUGGAAUAUGGGCUCAAGAGAGAGACGCAAGCCAGUGCCACAGUGAAGAUGUUGCCCACGUAUGUCUGUGGGACACCAGACGGAACAGAGAGCGGAAAGUUCCUUGCCCUUGAUCUUGGUGGGACAAAUUUCAGAGUUCUGCUGGUCAAAAUUAGAAGCGGGAGGAGGAGAUCCGUGCAGAUGUAUAACAAAAUCUUUGCCAUUCCUUUGGAGAUCAUGCAAGGGACAGGGGAAGAGCUCUUUGACCAUAUAGUCCAGUGCAUAGCAGACUUCCUGGAGUAUAUGGGGAUUAAAGGUGCCCGGCUGCCUCUGGGCUUCACCUUCUCCUUCCCAUGCAGGCAAGCCAGCAUUGACAAGGGUACGCUUGUGGGAUGGACAAAAGGUUUUAAGGCAACAGACUGUGAAGGGGAAGAUGUUGUUGAUAUGCUGAGGGAGGCUAUCAGGAGAAGAAAUGAGUUUGACUUGGACAUUGUAGCAGUGGUGAACGACACUGUUGGGACAAUGAUGACAUGCGGAUACGAGGAUCCAAACUGUGAGAUUGGCCUCAUUGCAGGAACCGGCAGCAACGUGUGCUACAUGGAGGACAUGAAAAACAUAGAAAUUGUGGAAGGGAACGAAGGAAAAAUGUGCAUUAAUACAGAAUGGGGAGGAUUCGGUGACAAUGGCUGCAUUGACAACAUCAGAACCAAAUAUGAUAAACAAGUAGAUGAAGGCUCACUAAAUGCAGGGAAACAGAGGUAUGAAAAAAUGACCAGUGGAAUGUAUCUAGGUGAAAUAGUGCGGCAAAUCCUGAUCGACUUAACCAAACAAGGACUGCUGUUCAGAGGACAGAUCUCAGAAUCACUCAGGAAAAGAGGCAUAUUUGAAACAAAAUUCCUAUCUCAGAUUGAAAGCGACCGGCUUGCCCUCCUCCAAGUGCGUCGAAUUCUGCAGCAGCUUGGCCUGGACAGCACAUGUGAAGACAGCAUCAUUGUGAAAGAAGUCUGUGGAGCUGUUUCCAGGAGAGCUGCCCAACUCUGUGGGGCGGGACUGGCAGCGAUUGUAGAGAAGAAGAGAGAAAAUCGAGGUGUGGAGCACUUGCAAAUUACUGUUGGAGUAGACGGGACCUUGUACAAGCUCCAUCCGCAUUUUUCUAGGGUCCUGCAGGAAACAGUGAGGGAACUGGCACCUCAGUGUGAUGUGACGUUCAUGCUCUCUGAAGAUGGGAGUGGGAAGGGAGCUGCCCUCAUUACUGCAGUAGCAAAAAGAUUGCAUAAUAUUGGACGGAAAUAAAAAUGAGAAAUGGAGUCAUUUCAGCACUGCCAGGCAUGUGCACUAGAGAUUUACUGAGCGGUGACUGAAGAUAGCUUUGCCAGACACCAGUACCCAGGUACCUGAUUUUCAGGGAGCAGCUGGUUUUUGACCAGCCAGGAUUGUGGAUUUUUGUCCUUUGGAUACCACUUGGACCAGGUGUUUCAGCUCCCCACUAUUAUGUCUCGGCAUACUGCAGUCUACUCAGUUCUGUACUUCCUGCAGUGGAAUAAUAAAAUAAUGCAUAUGGAAGAGUCAGACAAACAGAAAAACCCAAACCAAACCAACCAACCAACCAAAAACCCAAAGGUGUCUUUUUACAAUGGCUUAAUUAAGCUACUGUACCACAAGAGAAUUUAGCACCAGGUUCUUAGGAUUUGUGAGUUUUAGUUUUGACUUGGCCUGUCUUAAGGAAUAUUGAGAUCUGGUGUUGCACAGAUCUAGUGGACGUUUGUUUAAAGACAUCACAGAUUUUACAAUAAAUCUGCAGGUAAAAUAAGUUAAUGGGCUUUGAUCGGUGACGCUUUCCCCCCACACCCAGCUACAUCGGUACUGUAAUACUUCCAUGAGUACAGGAGACAUGUUUAAUAGAUGAAUGUAAUGAAAAAGAAAUAUGAUUCUACACAAUAACAGUUUGUGUCAAAAUAUAUCAGUGCACUUGAAUGCACAUAAACAUAAGCAGUGCUGGAUGGACUCUGAUUGUGGCUAUUUUGAUUCUGGGGGAAAAAGAGGGUGUAGAAGCAGCUACAGGGUCUACUAUGUGCACGUUAGAGCUACGUAGAUAGUAACAAAUUUGUUCAUCUUCAGGCCAUCAAAAUAGUUUUGUAGAAAGGAAAAAAAAUCACCUGAAUUUCUGAAAUUCUCCUCUUUGUUUUCCCUCGGCUAUCUGCUUGCCCGUUUGAGGGAGGAUAGCUCCAUUAUGUGGGAGUUUAUCCUUGACUUUCAUUUUCUGUUGCCUGUUGUUCUGCCUGUCUGUAGUUCAUUGUAAAUAAAUCUGUGGUGCUGUGA